AUGCCAGAGGGAAAUCUCAGCACAGUAACUGAAUUCUUCCUCACUGGAUUCCCGGGUCUUCAUCCAGAAUACCAAGGUCUCGCCUCCGCGGUGUUGUUCUUGGUUUACUCCCUAACUCUGAUGGGCAAUGCAACGAUUAUUUUCCUAUUUGCUACAGACAGCUGCCUUCAUAAGCCGAUGUAUUAUAUCAUCCUGAAUCUCUGUGCUUGUGACAUUCUCUUCAGCACGACCACGCUGCCUAAGAUCAUCAGUAAGUAUUGGUUUCAAUCAGGGACCAUCUCGUUCAACGCUUGUUUUAUCCAAAUGUACUUCGUUCACUAUCUGGGCACCGUGAAUUCCUUUAUUCUAUUCCUGAUGGCUUUAGAUAGGUAUUUGGCGAUAUGUCAUCCCCUCACAUAUUCACUCAUCCUUAAAAAGUCCACCAUCUACAUCCUCAGUAUUACUGCAUGGAUUUUUGCCAAGGCACCCGCUUUAAUGUUAGUUAUUAGGGCGUACCCUCUUCCUUACUGUGCCUCAAACAUAAUCAAUCACUGCUACUGCGAUCACAUUGGUAUAACAACACUGGCAUGCACGGACAGGGCCCCGUAUGGCUUUCCUGCUAUGGUUGUUGCAAUGGUUAUGCUACUGGGGCCUCUGGCAUUUAUCAUUUUCUCAUAUUGCAGCAUAAUUGUCGCAGUGCUUAGGAUAGCAAAUGUCCAAGGUCGCCUGAAGUCUCUGUCCACAUGUAGCACUCAACUGAUUAUAAUUUUACUCUAUUAUUUACCGAGAUGUCUUGUAUAUCUCUCAAGUAAUGUUGGCAUUAAAUUUAGCCCUGAUGUGAGAAUAGUAAUUAUCAUGCUGUACAGCCUUGGUCCCCCGAUGAUUAACCCACUCAUUUAUUGCUUAAGAGCUAAAGACAUGAGGGAGAGUUUGAGGAAACGGUUCAAAAAAAGGACUGUCGCACAAAAAACACAAGUUUCUGUUGUUACUGACUGA